AUGGACUACCAGGAGAAAGAAGUUACACCGGAAGUCUUCCUCAAAGUUCUCACUGGCGACCAGGAGGGCGUGAAGAACCUGAUUGGUCGAGACGGUAAGGUGAUUGCCAGCGGUCCUGACGACUACGUGUUCGUCUAUAUCAUUAGUCAUGAAGCUUCAGGGGUCUUCCUCUUUCCUUCUGAUGAAAGGCUGCACAACACUGACCUGAACGACACCCUCAAACAGAUGCACAGAGAAAACAGGUACAAGGAGAUGAUUCUUUACAUGGAGACGUGCUACUCGGUGAGCAUGUCCGAGGGUAUACUCCCAAAAGACAUAAAUAUCUACGUCACCACGUCCGCCAAUGCCUACGAGCCUGCAAGAAUGUGCUGUUGGGAUGAAAUCCGUCAAAACUACGUAGGAGGUAAUUACGAUAACGUCUGGAUGUACAACAGAGACAAGGCGAAUCUCCACAAGGAAACACUAUGCCAGCAGUACGAAGUGGUGAAAAAAGCCUGCAAACACAACUAG